UGAGACUGGCUUCCCGGUCACUGGGGUCUGGGGCGUCUCCGGUGAUAUCUUUAUAGGGCACAGAUGAAAGGGAAUGUGAGUGUGACCUAUAGCCUGUCUCCGAGGAGGACAAUAAAGUUUGAGAAGUUUGAAAAGGAAAGAAAGUGCACGCCCCCUUUGGCCACGGGGUGUGGCCGUAGCUCGGCGAGGCGCCUAGAGGCGGUGGCACGACAUGGGGGUCACCGUGGACGUUCACCAGGUGUUCCAGUACCCCUUCGAACAGGUGGUCGCUUGCUUCCUCCGAAAGUAUCCCAACCCCAUGGAUAAGAAUGUCAUCUCUGUAAAAAUUGUGGAAGAAAAGAAGGAUGAAUCAACAGGACUCAUCUAUAGAAAGAGGAUUGCUAUCUGUCAGAAUGUGGUUCCUGAAAUGUUAAGAAAGGUGAGUAUUUUAAAGGUACCUGAUAUCCAACUAGAAGAGGAAUCGUGGCUCAGUCUUCAGAAAAGGAACAUGGCUAUACGGAGUCACUGCCUCACGUGGACACAGUAUGCAUCCAUGAGGGAAGAGUCUGUCUUCCGGGAAAGUGUGGAAAAUCCAAAUUGGACAGAGUUCAUUCAAAGAGGCAGAAUCUCAAUCACAGGGGCUGGAUUUCUCAACUGUAUUUUGGAAACUUUUGCUAGUGCAUUCUUAAGACAGGGAGCCCAGAAGGGAAUUAGAAUAAUGGAGAUGCUGCUAAAGGAACAGUGUGGUUCCCCCUUAGUGGAAUAAAGAAUCAUCAGGAAGCUGCUGCUGUGUCUACUCUUUUUGAGAAUCACUUCUUGACCACGGCAUCAUAGGCACAAUUACUGGAUCCAAAUUUCAGGUGACAGAAUCGGUGGGUUAGAGAAGAGGAGCCCUUCCUGCUUGGUGCACAGCAUUGACACCCACUUUGGAGCCUGCUUGAAAUCAUGGGACUCAAGGAGAUGAGAUCUUUUCAGCUGGAAUUUUAUGACAUGAUCUCUUUACAGUCUUAUGAAUAAAGGGAAAGGAUAUA